UGGUAUUUCUUUAUUGAAUCAGUGAAAAUAAAUUGAAAAUAAUAUGAAAAAAAUGAGGUGUCAAAGAAGAUGAAUUUUUGAUUCGUUUAUUAUGUUUAUAAAAUAAAAACAUACCAACAUACCACGGUGGAUGCUGCUGCAAGUGUAGUUGUGAAGUCUGCGUGCCGGUGUCUUUUUUUUUAGCAAAGGAGAUGAUGUGAGAAAAAGAGAAAGGAAUAAGAAACGUAAAGCUAUUCGUGUUAUGAAUACUUUAUGGUAGAAGAUCUUACCAAGAAUACAUAUAUUUCAAAAAUUGUGAUCUGUUUACUCUUUUUCCUGAGAAUACAUUCAUGAAUAUAUUUAUUUAUUGAUUUAUCGUUAAAUAGAUCAUAAAUGACAUUUAAAAAAUGGUGACAGUGCAAAUGAAUGAAAUUAAUUAUUCAUUUAAUAAUGUGAUUUCACUUAUGUAUAUGCUCAUAUAUGCACAUACUCAUAAUCUUAAAUCUUAUCAGUUGGAUUUCGUUUCGGUCCACGUGCCCUAUCGCCUUUGGGUGCGUCCUUGAGGAAUGGAAUACUCGUGAUAAUACUUAUUUAGAAUGGAGAAGGGGACGAAGGUUAAUAAAAGAAAAAAAGGUAGCGAGAAGCUACAAUCAUCUUCGUUCUUGCUGUUGAUUCUUGGCAGUGCAAUUAUGAUCUCUUGGUUAAAUCCAGUAAAAUCCGAGAAUGUACUGCAUUUUGAGGUUUCAGAAAAUAUUCCCGCUGGAAGCACGAUUGGUUUUAUUGAUAUGGAAAGUCCUCCUUAUUUAAUAGUACCUGUUCCAGGCUCGCCAGUUAAAACUGAUUUAAUAGUUGAUUCUACAACCGGUGAAAUCAGGACCAGAGUAUCAUUGGACCGUGAAACAACACCGUCAUACAGCUUUGUUGUACUUCCUCCAAAUAGCCGAGUGGUAAUUAAUGUCCUUGAUGAGAAUGAUAAUAUACCAACGUUUCCUGUAAAACAUGUGGAAGUUGAAUUUCCGGAAAAUUCACCACGAGAUGCUAAAAGAGCUCUUCCACCUGCAAAAGAUUUAGACGUGGGUCAGUAUUCAACUCAACGAUAUGAAAUAAUUAGCGGUAAUUAUGAUGAUGUAUUUAAGCUAUCGCAACACCGCGGACGUGAUGGAGUACUUUACUUGGAUCUACAAAAUUUCGGUUAUCUUGAUCGAGAAGUUCGCUCGUCAUAUGAUUUAGUAGUGGAAGCAUCAGAUGGAGGAUUACCGCCUUUACGAUCCCGCUUACAUGUAAGUGUAUUUGUUCAAGAUGUCAAUGAUAAUCCUCCGAUUUUCAAUCAAACAAGAUACACAGCAAGUGUACCGGAAAAUACUACAGUAGGAACACCAAUAAUUACCGUGAAUGCUACUGAUGCAGAUAUUGGUGAAAACGGUAAAAUAGAAUAUUCCAUCAAUCGUCGUCAAAGUGAUAAAGAAGAGUUAUUUCAAAUACAUGCAGAAUCCGGAGUUGUAUAUGUAAAUAAAGUAUUAGAUUUCGAACGAAAGGAACGUCAUGAAUUAGUGAUAGUUGCAAAGGACAUGGGUGCUCAACCUCUGGAAGCUAGUGUUUUUUUAACUAUUUACGUGAAGGAUGUUAAUGAUAAUCAACCAACAAUAACAGUUAUUUUUUUGUCUGAUGAUGCAACACCAAAAAUUAGUGAAAGUGCUCAACCGGGUGAAUUUAUAGCACGUAUUUCUGUAAGUGAUCCUGAUUUACGAACUGAAUAUUCCAACGCCACAGUAACGCUUUUCGGAGGUGACGGACGUUUUGGCUUAGCCACAAGAGAUAAUAUAAUAUACCUUGUGGUUAUAGAACGACCUUUAGAUCGUGAAGAGAAACCAACUUAUGAUCUUUCUGUAGAAGCAACUGAUGCUGGAACUCCUCCACUUCGAGCUGUAAGAAAAUUUCAACUUCUCGUAACCGACGUCAAUGAUAAUACACCUAUUUUUGAACAUGAUUAUUAUGAAGCUCAUAUAUUAGAAGCAUCAGAACCUGGAACAUCUGUGCUCACUGUUAAAGCUACUGAUGCAGACGAUGGUUUGAAUGCAGUCAUUAAAUAUUCCUUGAAAAAUUCAACAUGGUUUACGAUUAACGAAGAUACCGGAUUAAUAAGUUCAGUGACACAUGUGGAUUGUGAAACGAAUCCCACACCGAUUCUAGUCGUCAUUGCCACGGACAGUGGUCGACCGGCUUUAAGUGGAAGUGCUACUGUAAAAGUAACAGUUCAUGACCUCAAUGAUAAUGAACCGAUCUUUGAGAAGCCUCUGUAUAAUGUUAGUGUACUUGAGGACUUACCAGUUGGACGCUGCUUUCUCAAGGUACAAGCAACAGAUCCUGACUGCGGUGUGAAUUCCAUGGUAAACUACACUCUGGGUAUUGGACAGCAGCUUGUCAAUGAACAACUUUUCGUGCGCAGUGAUACCGGAGAAAUCUGUGUACGAUCACCGUUGGAUCGAGAAACUCUUCCAUUCCUGGAACUAUCUGUGAUUGCAACUGACCGAGGUGGAUUAAGUACUACAGCUAUUAUACGAGUUCAAGUCAUUGAUGUCAAUGAUAAUCGGCCAAUUUUUAAUCCGCAAAAUUACAAUGUAACCAUUCGUCAAGACAUUUCACCAAGUAGUACAAUAUUAAAAGUGUUUAGUAAAGACUUUGAUCAAGGACUCUUUGGUCAAGUUAUUUAUCGAAUAUCAAGUGGUAAUGACGGAGGAGAAUUUAGAAUUGAUAGAAUUACUGGAGAACUUCAAAUUAUACGACCUAAUCAUCUGGCUAGAUCAACACUUUAUCUUUUAAAUAUUACUGCUACGAAUGCUGAUGGUAUUCGAAACAAUAUUGAUGCUCAUAUACGAGUGAGUGUAUCAGCAAAUCAACGUAUCCCUACAUGUGAACAUCCUAGAUAUACUAUCAGUGUGAAAGAAAAUAAUUUGAAAAAUAGUGUUAUUGGUACUAUAAAACAUACCGUUGAGGAUGUCAUUUCCGGUAAACAAAAUCGAUUUUUUUUGGCAACUGGAGAUGUGGAAUUUACUAUCGAUCCUAUUUUGGGUAUUUUAAGAUCCAAGAUAAGCUUUGAUAGAGAGCUUCAAGAUAAAUAUGUUUUAAGUGUUGGCGUUAAAAAUGAUAGAGGAAUUGGUUACUGUCAGGUUGAAGUAACAGUAGAAGAUCAAAAUGAUAAUCCACCAACAUUUCCAAAUAUAAACGUAAAAAUAUCAGUUCCAGAGUCUUACCCACUUCACAUGCCUUUAUACAUAGCUCAUGCGAUUGAUCCUGACAGUGUCCCAUCGACACCUAUUUAUUACAUCCUAAACCAAAAUAAUAAUGAUUUAUUUCGAAUUGAUGUUCGGCUCGGAGAACUUUAUCUGUCUCGUAAAUUAGAUUAUGAGUGUCAACAGAGGCAUAGUUUAUCAAUAAGUGCUUUAGAUGGAGGUGGACUCUCGGUUAAUAUGAGUUUAAAUAUAGAAGUUCAAGAUGUAAAUGAUAAUCCUCCAGUAUUUGAAAGGAAUGAAUAUCAUGUUGAUGUUUCAGAAAAUGCCCAAAUCAAUUCUCAGAUAAUACAAGUAACAGCUCUAGACUUAGAUACAGGUAAUAAUGCACGAAUCAGUUAUAGACUUCUAAAUUCCACCAUUUUCCGUAUUAGUCCAAAUACUGGUUGGAUUUAUUUAACACAAUUUCUCGAUCGAGAGACAAUAGAUCACUAUGUUCUGAGUGUAAUAGCAUCUGAUAAUGGUAAUCCAGCAUCUACCGCAUCCUGUUUAGUCUAUGUUAUGGUUCUUGAUGAGAAUGAUAACAGUCCACACUUCGAGAAAGAAUUUUAUAUUUUUGAAUUGGCAGAAAAUUUACCACCUGGUACUUUAGUUGGAAGCGUAAGUGCUUUUGAUCCGGAUCUGGAUGUAAAUGCACUUUUGAAAUAUGCCAUAGUUCAGCACAAUAGUAGCUUUACUAUCGAUCCUGACACAGGUGAAAUCACCACUCGAGAGCCACUUGAUCGCGAAAUGAAAAGUGUAUAUGAGUUAGUAUUGGAAGUGAAAGAUCGCGGAAUUCCAUCGAAAACAUCGAGAGUAUCUUUAAGAAUUACUGUUCUUGAUGUAAAUGAUAAUUCUCCGAUAAUCGUUGACCCACAAGGUGAUGUUGUAAGUGUGAGGGAAGAACAAGUACCUGGAACAGAAGUGGCUAAAGUACGGGCAAUUGAUCCAGAUUUGGAUGAAAAUUCAACCAUUACUUACACUAUUUUAAGAGAUCUAGACUCCAAUGAAUCUGGUGUGUUUUCCAUCGAUCCCAUCACUGGAAUUAUAAGAACAAAACUGGUACUCGAUCAUGAAGAACGAGAUGUUUAUCGUGUAUCCGUAAAGGCUAUGGAUGCUGGACAACCUCCUAGACACAGUAUUCGGACUUGGCGGGUCGAGGUUCUUGCACUUGCUGAUAAUCGACCAACAUUUAGAAGCAGUAGCCUUACAUUUCAUGUACGAGAAGAUGCAACCAUCGGUCAUACAGUAGGAUCAGUGAUCAGCACUGGUUCAGCAGGACGAUUGACUUAUUCCGUUAAUUUUCUAACACCAUCAACUACAAACCCUAUUUUCGAUGUUCAUAGAAGCUCCGGCGAACUAGUGGUUGCACAUGCACUAGACCGAGAAAAUAUCAGUGAAUAUUAUCUAGAAGUUCGUGCGCUAGAUACCACAUCCAUCGGCAAUCCUCAAAGCAUUGCAGUCUCAGUGAAAAUCAUCAUAGAUGAUUUCAAUGAUAAUCCUCCUAAAUGGUCGCUAGAUCCAAUUGUGAUAAAAAUCCCCGAAAAUACAGAAAUAGGAUCUAUUAUAUAUAAUUUUACUGCUACUGAUUUAGAUAGUGGUUUAAAUGGUGAUAUUAGAUAUGAAUUAAUUUAUGAAUUUCCAUCUUCUGGAAGUUUUGCAAUAGAUUCUGUUACUGGUGCUCUUACGGUGACUAAAUUAAUCGACAGAGAAGAGAAAAGUGAAUAUAUUUUAUCAAUCAAAGCGUCGGACUGUGCAGCUCUCAGUGAACGAUUAUCAUCAACGGUUACAGCGAAAAUAAUUAUUUUGGAUGAAAAUGAUAAUGAUCCAGUUUUUGUUGCUCCUGAAGUAACAAAAAUAUCUAUAACACCAGAUCUUGUGCCCGGGACAAAUAUAGUAAAAGUGAUUGCAGUAGAUAAAGAUGAUGGAAAAAACGGUCGUGUAUCGUAUAUUAUAGCUUCAGACAGUGAAGCAUCUAAAUUUUCAGUUGGUUAUGACACGGGUAUCAUCACUUUGACUAAAUCUAUUGUGAAGGAUACUAUUUUACAAAUUAUUGCGAAUGACCAUGGUACACCCUCAAGAAGAGCCGUGAUGAAUAUAACAUUGACCAUUGCAACUGAUCAAAUAAUUAAUGUUCCACGCGUUAUGAUGACUCAUUCAGUUGUUGAUAUUCCUCAGGACUUUUCGGUUGGAGGAUUGAUCACAGAUUUAGUUGCUUCUACUCGCCAUACUCAUGAGAACAUUACCUUUCGAAUACCGACAGGUAUUCAUGACGAUAAAUUUGGUGUGUCAUCUACAGGGAUUGUAACUUUAAGGAAAGCCUUGAAUAACAAAAUAUUGACCAGUUAUCACAUACCAGUUAUUGCGGAAUCAAAUAAUCUUUUUGAUGUGACAAUUCUUGAAGUUAAUGUACAGAAAAAGAAUUCUCCUAAAUUUUUACCUGGAUCUUGUUAUACUCUUGCAAUACCUGAAAAUCAAGAAAACUCAAUCGUCCAUACAUUUGCAACUUUUGGUGUUGAUACUGAGAGUAAUGAUAUUCAGUACAGCAUAAUUGGUGGUAACAUUGGUGAAAAGUUCAAAUUAGAUUCAACAACUGGUCAGUUGUAUGCUUCAAGCUUGGACCGAGAAACAACUUCCCGAUAUUUGUUAUCAAUUUCUGCAAAAAAUAAAAAAUUACCUUCAUUGGAAGAUUAUUGUAACAUUACUGUAAUAGUGUUGGAUGUCAAUGACAAUUCACCGAUGUUUUUACGAAAUCAAAAUACGAAUGAUCAUCAUUCUGAAUACAGAGAUACUGAAUAUUUUAAUGGCCAACUGUACAGCCAAUUUUCUAGUUCAUUUGUUUAUCCAAGAUAUAAUUCUGAUAAAUAUACUGUAUCAAUCUCGGAAGAUAUCCCUCCUGACUCGUCAAUUAUGACCUUGAAAGCAACAGAUCCAGAUCAAGGUAUUAAUGGAAAGAUUACUUAUGCUCUUGCUGAAGAAUCAACAUGGCUCUUUAAGAUUGAUAACUUCACGGGUAUUAUCACAACAGCUGGCUCCCUUGAUCGUGAACUCCAAAACACAUACAAUUUUAUGGUAACUGCCACAGAUGGAAGUAAUUACGAUGCCAAAAGCACUUCAAUCGCCAUUGAGAUUAUCUUAGUUGAUGUAAAUGAUAAUGCACCGAUUUUCGAAAAGACUCCGUUUACAACCACUAUUCCAGUUACUACCCAGCCGGGCCAAGUCAUUCUCCAAGUAAAUGCGAAAGAUCUUGAUGAUGGUAUCAACGGAGAAAUUGUUUACUCUUUUCUACAUGAGCAAGAAAAACCUAAAUUCCGCAUUCAUCCAAAUACUGGGAUCGUUACAACAACAACAAUUCUGAAUCAAGAAUAUGGGAAAGUUUUUUAUCUCGAAGUUUUAGCAAAAGAUAAAGGAAAUCCAUCGAAAAAUACGACUGGAUUGAUUCGAAUUUUCAUUGAUAGCUUAGAUGAAAUAACUCCUAUUCUAAAAUUUCAAAAUAAUACAUAUGAAGUAAUGAUCCAAGAAAAUGCUGCUGUCGGUAUAGAAAUUAUUCAAGUGCUGGCAGUACGGUCUGAUGGACGUCGUCAACACAUUUCUUAUUCAAUUGAACCAAAUGAUAGUUCACAAACUUUUACCAUAGAUCCGGAUACAGGCAUUGUGAAAGUUAAUAAUCCAUCGAAUCUCGAUGCUGAGCUCAAUAUUGAAUCAACACUUUUUGAAAAUAAAAAUGAAUCUGUCAAUAAGAAUGUUCAAUCGUCCGAAGAAUUUGAUAAUGUGGAGAAGAGAGAUCAAAUAGGAAAUCAAGGAAGGUCAAAACGUGUGUUAACUUUGGUUGCAAAAACAGUAGAACUCGAACCGUUGAUAGCUUAUGCAAAACUGGUUAUUUAUAUAGCUGAUGUUAAUGAUAAUCCGCCUAUUUUUACUCAACCUCAGUAUUCGGCUAUUGCUUUAGAGGGGAAUGCUAAAGGUGAUUUUAUUUUAAAGCUCUCAGCGAGUGACAUUGACCAAGGUCUCAAUGGCAAGCUGUUGUAUCAUAUAGUUGACGGAAAUCCCGAUAAUGCAUUUACAAUCAAUCCUCCAUAUAGUGGUAUAGUUCGUACAAAUAUAGUCUUAGAUCGGGAAAUUAAAGAAGAAUAUAGAUUGACUAUUAUAGCCACUGAUCAAGGAAAUCCUCAGUUAACGGGUACUACUACACUGAGUAUUCGAGUUAUUGACGUAAACGACAAUCAACCCACGUUUCCUGGACACAAUACAAUUUCUAUUGCCGAAGAUACUGCCGUUGGAACUGUCAUAUCAACUAUUACAGCUAAUGAUGUUGAUAGUUCUCCACAUUUAUUAUAUCGUCUAAAUUAUAACAAUAAAUCCAUACCUUUCACUAUUGAUCGAUAUAGUGGCAAAAUAACUUUAAAACAAAACCUGAAUGCAGAAGAAUGUCGUCAAUAUACUUUUCAAGUGAUUGCCAGUGAUGGUAUUCAUGAGGCUAUGACAGAUGUUACGGUAAAAAUUCUUGACGUUAAUGACAAUCCUCCUAAAUUCACACAGGCGGCACACUUUGUCACAUUGUCAGAAAAUCAUAAAGAUGUAACCGACAUAAUAACCGUAAGUGCAACAGAUGAUGAUUUACAGGAAGAAAACAAAUUAAUCCGUUAUUAUCUUCUACGACCUAUUAAAGGAUUUAGUAUAAAUUCUGAUACUGGCGUAGUUACCGUCAAUCGAACUGCUUUACAAAGACCAUUGCCAAAAGAAAUAGAACUCGUAGUAGUUGCAGAGGAUUCAGGCAAACCGCCGUUAUCAUCGACUAGUUUAGUUAUUGUUAAAUUAAAUAGCUUGAAGAAUCUAUCAAAUAAUCGAGAAUUUAAAGUACAAAUAGAUGAGAAUGUAAUUAGGGGAACAAGUAUUUUGAAAUUAUCGGAUCUUGAAAUGUCUAAUGCUUUAAUUUUAUCACAAGAAGAUGAUAAUUGUUUCGAGGUAUCCAAUGGAAACUUAAUUGUUGUCAGGAAUUUAGAUCGGGAACUGAAAGACAGGUACAUUUUACAUCUUGGAACCAAACGUUUCAAUUCAUCAGAAGAAAGCGGUGAUAGCCAAAUCUUAAUAACAGUCACUGUAAAUGAUAUUAAUGAUAACUACCCCCGUUUCACACAAGAAAUCUAUGAAUUAUCUGUCAAAGAAGACAUACUUCCUGGUACUGUAUUAAUUACAACAGAAGCAAUUGAUGAAGAUCUCGCUGGAACACCUGCUUCGACCAUUUUUUACAAUAUAACUUCUGGUAAUGAUGCGGGAUUAUUCCAAUUGAACCAUACAAGUGGAGUCAUUUCGGUUCACUCUGCUUUAGAUUGCGAUCUCAGUCCAGAAACUUAUAUUCUUAUCAUACUUGCUUGUGAUUCAGAUAUUUCAACACCUUUAUGUACAUUAACUCGAGUGUACAUUCAUCUAGAAGAUGUAAAUGAUAAUUCACCAAGAUUCCCAGUUCUAGAGUAUUUUGAAUUUGUUGGUGAAAAUGAACCAGCCGGCACUCAAGUAUUUACAGCUCAUGCUUCAGAUCUUGAUCGAGGAGUUUUUAGUAAAUUGAAUUAUUCAAUUGUAUCAGCUGUGGCACGAGAAUUUUCAGAUAUCGAUGAUAGCUGGAAGCUUUUUUCUGUGGAUCCUAAAAAUGGAAUAGUAACGACAUCAGCAGUAUUUGAUUAUGAACAAAGAAAUCGGUAUGCCUUUACUUUAAAAGCCACUGAUACAGGUGGAAGAUCGGCAGCAGUUCGAGUAAGAAUUGAAAUAGAUUCAAGAGAUGAAUUCUAUCCACAAUUCACAGAAAAAAUGUAUCGAUUUGAUAUCCAAGAUGCUCAAAUGGUGCCUGGUACAGUGAUUGGUCAAGUAAAAGCUACUGAUAGAGAUAAAGGCUCUGAUGGGCGAGUGGUUUAUCAAUUAUCAUCCCAACAUCCUUAUUUCAAACUAAAUAGAACAACUGGUGUGCUAAUAGUUAAGAAGAAAUUCAGUUUAAACGAUAUCGAACCGAUAGUAAAAUUAGUUGUGAGUGCAAGUUCGGGGAAACAAGAGUCAUUUUCUAAUUCGACUGUGAUAGAAAUUAGAAUCACUACUGAUGAAGCGAAGGACUUUUAUGCUUCAAGUGGUUUCGGAGCGCAUCCCAAUCAUAAAGAUAAUAUGGCAGUAACUGCAAAUAAAGGAUUAGCCGAUUGGGCUCUAGGUCUUCUAAUUGCCUUAGUGCUUUUGUUAAUCAUUUUCGGGACAAUCUUCCUUUAUUUGUAUUUCAAGAACCGCAAGAAUAAAAAACCUACUCUAAAAUCAGGCCUGAAUGACGAAAAUGCUGCAAUAUCUAAUAAUUAUGUGAAUCCUAAUGCUUUUGAUACCAUACCGAUCAGGAACGUAUCUGGAAUAGGUGUUUCUGAUAAUGGCCAAAAUCAUCGAAACUCUGACAAUAGUAGUUCUUGCCAAUUUGCACCUCCGAAAUAUGAUGAAAUCCCACCUUAUGGUCCAUCAGCACAGUCUAUUAAUCAUCAAGCUACAUCUGAGUUAUCUGGAAGCGAUAGGUCUGGUUCAUCAGGUCGAGGAUCAGCAGAAGAUGAUGGAGAGGAUGAAGAAAUAAGAAUGAUUAAUGAAGGACAAGCUAGUCGAGAUUCAGUUAGCGAUAUUUCGGUUCAUAAUACUCAAGAAUAUCUUGCGAGAUUAGGAAUCGUUGAUGCUCCAUUAAGCAAUCCUCGAAGAUCUAUUGAAAACUUGCCACUUGAUAGUAUUCAUUUGUUUGGAGAUGAAGCAGUGACUGAGGCCGAAAUAGCUACACUGAUUUAUGGAAAAAUUGAUAAUCCUCAGAAAUCAGGCUUUGAAGUAGAAGUUCCAGGAGAUCCUUCAAUGAAUGGAUCCUUAAGCUCAAUAGUUCAUAGUGAAGAAGAACUCACUGGUUCUUACAAUUGGGAUUAUUUAUUGGAUUGGGGUCCACAGUAUCAACCGCUUGCGCAUGUUUUUAGCGAGAUUGCAAGACUCAAGGAUGAUACGACGACUGUUCAAAAUAAUAAUAAUUUUAGCAGCAAUUCUAGACAUAAACCUGUUCAUAAAGUUCCACCACCACCAUUACUUACUUCCAUUGCUCCAAGGUCUCUAGCUGUACCUAUAUUAGGUCGAGGAAUUCUACCCCGUUCUCCUAUCAGUCAUGACGCUUCGGCGUUUCCAGCAGCUGCUUUGAGUCCUAGCUUUUCACCUUCAUUGUCACCUCUUGCUACAAGAAGUCCCAGUAUUAGCCCUCUCGUUCCACCAACUCCACAACGUAGUCAGAAUCCUACUCGAAAUCUUACGAGUGUGGAUAAUGAGUUAAAGAUUUAAUAAUGUUGUUUUCUCGAGCUAUUAGCAUCUGGAAAAUAUUAACUGGGAAUAUUUCUGAAAUCAAAAUCAUGAAUAUAAAUUAGUUUGAUAAAUAAAUAAAUUGGAAUACAGUUUUUAACAAACACAACUCUAAAUUAAAACAAAAAUAAAAACUUUUAGUGUUUGUUAGUUAAAAAAUAAUUCCAUAAAACUUUAAAGACUUAACUUUAAUAAUGAAACUGCAUCCAUAUUAAUAGCUAAUUUUUACUUCGAUUUCAAAUGAUCCCUUUGAUUAUGAAGAACUUAAUUUAGCUACUUUCAUAUAAGACUGUAAGUGUCAAGUCCUGAGUUAAUUACGUAUUGAAUAAUUGAAAGUGUGAUACGAUCUGGGGUGUAUUGAAACAUAUUUCACGAGAUCAAAAUAAAUUUAUUCCUUACUUUGGUUAAUCGGUAUUAUUUAACGCCAUGCUAAUUUAUUAUUUAGAAUAAAGGAGGGAAUAAUCUUCGAUUAUGAAUAGAGAUAAAAGUAUUUUGUGCCAAAAUUAUGAAUCUUAAAGUUUUCAUGUAGUGUAUAUAUUAAUUUAUUUAUUAUAUAAUAUUACUUUCUGAUAUUUGUGCUCUUUUUUGGUAUCAUCUUUUUUUAGUAUGAAUUUUAAUACGUAACUUGAUUUUAUACGUAACUCCGUUUAUUGUCUUUAACAAACCAGUGAAUUAGGUUACUGCUUAACACGAAAAACGUGUUGACUUACAAUCAAUUAGAUUUAGGACAAUGAUAUGCUCAAAUUGUCACUGCCAUUUAUAUAAUCUAAAAAAAUUAUAAAUUGCUCAAGAAAAAACAUCCAAGAAUUGAGCUUAGAAUCUUUUCAAGGACGUAAAGACUACUUAUUUGAACUGAUUUUUUGGUCAUUUGACUCCGUAAUAUAUUAAUUUACCUUUAUCAAUAUACUCGGCCAUAGUAGUGCCACUCUGUUUAAAAUAAAGACUGAUAUCCCUACUUAUUGUUAUAAUUUGUCUUUCACACGGAAAUUAAUUGCACGAUUGUAUACAGAGAUCUAAGAUUUCCAAGAUCUUGAGAGAUGAUACUUGAAUUGGUCACAUCUAUCAAACUUUCUAAGCAUCGUCUUUCUCGUUUAGUUUAAUACUCACAUUAAUUCAUGUCAUGAAUGGCUUUUGUAUUUACUCAGGACAUGAUACAAGUGAUUAUAAAAAUUGCAUUAACUAAACGAAUUACUAAAUAUUAAAUUGUGUAUAGAUUUUUGUUAAUAUGCAAUUAUAGAAUUUACUUAAAUCUUGUGAAUACUUUUGUACAAAUCUUCCUUAGUUGAUUAAUGAACGUUGAAAUAAUGGAAAAUUUAUAAGUAAUUAACUGUCCAAAAUUCACUUGUGGAAAGAAAUGUAAAUAAUUUCAAACAAUUGCAUUAAAUGCACGUAAAACUGAACGUUCAUAGAAUAGAAUUUUAGAACGGAUAAAAAAUUUUAAUAUUUUUACACAAAAUAGGACAAAACUUUUUAAAGAAAAUAUCUAACAAAUAGACAAUAAUAAUGAACAGUAUGUGUAGUAAGAAUAAUGAUUAGAAAAUUAUUUUAAUUGUACAAAAAAUAGUAAAAGUGCAUGUUACAUGUAAUACAUGAAAUACAGAAUAUUUCUGUAGCCUAAAAUCGGACUAGUGAAAGAAAUUGCAAUCUGUUCGUAAAAUAUCUUAUUAUUAUUAAUAUGAAUAAUUGAUUCUUCAAUUGUCAACAUUAAAUUCAUGUUUACAUAGCCUUUACAAGAUGCUUAAUAUUCUAUGAAAUGAGCUUAUACCGAAUGAUGUAACUUAGGUUAGGAAAGGUAAUCAACUAACCGAAAUUUGAUAAUAUCUCUUAAGCUAGUCCGAUCAAUUUAUUAACAAUAUUAUAUUUAUACAAAUUGUUAUAUAGAAGAAGUAGAACAAUUAUAAUAAUGAAAGUAAUUAUUACGAGAUAAUAUUCUCUGACGAGUCGAACAAAUUAUAUAAUAAUGGUUUACAUCAUCCACCGAAAAUCGAUGGAUCACGUCAUAUUGAUGUCAUUACAUAUAAUUCCUUUAUCAAAUUUUGGAAGAUAUUAAUAGACUGAAAAAGUAAAUCCAUUUCAAAAUUAAUAUAUAUUAAUAGUAAUAAAUAUUUUUCAAAACUAGUUCGUGCUUAUAAUAAUUUAGCAAAAGUUAUUUUCUACUUUACUACAAUGUUCUUUAUUAUUGUUCAACUUUCAUAAAAAUAGUGAAGAGGGUAUAAUACAUUCUUCACAUUCUUUACAAAAAAAUUGCAUAGAGGUUCUCUUUUGCUCCAAUAUAAUAGUUCGAAUAUAGAUUGUACAGUGUAAAGAGAAAAAAAUUAUGUAAUAUUCACUAAAUUAAAUAAAAUUUUCGAA